UGUUGCUUCGAGGAUGGUUUCAUAUCCGAGACAUUGCAGUAAUGGAUUAAGGUAUGCUGUGGCUUCUGGCUACAAAAUAUACCCUCUUGAAGUUGAGGAUGUACUACAAAAUUACGUGCUGUUCGUAUGGCUGCAGUGUGUUGGCAUACCUGACAAAUAUAGAGUAGAAGCUUUGAAUGCUUACGUUGCUUUGAAACACGGUUUGGAAUUGACUUCCACACAAUUGAUAGGAUUCUGUAAGAAGAGACUUGCAGCUUUCAAAUUUCGAAGACAAAUGGCAAUUAUUGAUGAGGUACCGAAAAAUGCAAGUGGUAAAUCUUUUCGACGAGAACCUUGUACAGUUGAACAAAAGAAACAUGUAAAUAGAAAUGGACGACUAUUGAGAGCAAGUAUACCCAAUAGAACUUAAACUAUUUUUUUCUUCGAUUAAAAUAAUUUCAAAUUGA